AUGAGAGUAGUGACGUCGACGUCGGCUUUAGUCUUGCUUGCAUGCACCAUACUGUCCGCUGCCCAGGACUUGGACGCCAAAGCGCGCGACAUUGUGGAACGUAUGAGCGUGGACCAGUUGCUGGGUCAAAUGACGCAGAUCACCAUUGACUUCGUGCUUGCCACACAAGACGGAGGCAAGGUGGUCAACGUGGGAAAAGUCCACGAAUUGGCCAACCAAGGCAUCGGAUCGUACCUAAACACGCCGUUCGUGGCAGCUCUUGGGGACAACUACGGGUGGAACGUGCAUGAGUGGCGCCAUGCCAUCGGCCAACUCCAAGAUGUCCACAUCCGCACGACCGGUACACCCAUCAUCUACGGACUGGACUCGCUCCACGGCGCCAACUACGUCAAAGGCGCCGUUCUGUUUCCCCACCAAAUCAACGUUGGCGCGACGUUCGAUCCCGAGCUGGCCCGUCGAAUGGGCCAUUACGCCGGCCGCGACACCAAGGCGGCGGGGAUUUCGUGGAUCUUCGGUCCGACCUUGGAACCUGUGCGCCACAAGGGGUGGCCACGCAUCAUGGAAACGUUUGGCGAAGAUCCGACGGUGGUUGCGGACAUGGGGAAAGCAGCGAUCGAUGGCAUCCAGAGCCAGGGGGUGGCGGCCUGCUUCAAACACUUCAUCGGGCGGUUGUUUAAUCCAUUCUCCAAAGGCAUUCGAUUCUGCUGA